AUGGCAAAAACUGUCACUCAGGUAACGUUAGCUCAUCUAAAGGACAAACCUGCUCCAUCGACACCAACUGGUAUUUCGUCAAGUGCUAGUGGUGGUAGCGGUUUCCGAUCAGCAACGGCGAGGUUGUUAGGUGGUGGAAAUGGUAACCGUGCGCUUAGUUUUGUUGGAGGCAACGGAGGUAGCAAGAACGUGAGCACAAGUGCAAGAACCGGUGCCACAUUCACUUCUCCUAACUCUAGUACCUCUGCGUCUAAUCCAAAUUUUGAUGGGAAAGGAAGUUACUUAAUCUUCAAUGUGGGUGAUUCUGUUUUCAUAUGUGACUUGAACUCACAAGACAAGGAUCCAGUAAAGUCUAUACAUAUAAGCAACUCGAACCCUGUGUGUCAUGUGUUUGAUCCAGAUGCUAAGGAUGCACAUGAUCUACUUAUUGGGAUGAAUUCUGGGGAUGUCUACACCGUAUCACUGAGACAGCACCGUUGUACUAGUAUAGCUUGGGUGCCUGGAGGUGAUGGAUCCUUUGUUGUUGCUCAUGCCGAUGGAAAUCUGUACGUGUAUGAGAAGAAUAAAGAAGGUGCUACUGAAUCUUCGUUUUCUGCUAUAAGAGAUCCUACACAGUUUUCAGUUGACAAAGCAAAAUAUAGCAAGAGUAAUCCAGUAGCGAGAUGGCAUAUUAGUCAAGGUUCAAUUAAUUGCAUUGCAUUUUUAAAUGAUGGGGUAUACUUGGCAACUGUUGGAAGAGAUGGUUAUUUUAGAAUUUUUGAUUUCUCAACGCAAAAGCUAGUGUGUGGUGGAAAAAGCUAUUAUGGUGCUUUACUAUGCUGUGCUUGGAGUAUGGAUGGAAAGUACCUUUUGACUGGAGGCGAAGAUGACCUGGUUCAAGUUUGGAGUAUGGAAGACCGAAAGGUUGUGGCGUGGGGUGAAGGACACAAUUCGUGGGUAAGUGGAGUGGCAUUUGAUUUGUAUUGGUCGUCACCAAAUUCAGACGGGUGUGGAGAGAGUGUCAUGUAUAGGUUUGGUUCCGUGGGUCAGGACACGCAGUUACUGCUAUGGGACCUAGAGAUGGAUGAGAUUGUGGUUCCACUUCGGAGACCACCAGGAGGAUCACCCACUUACAGCACAGGGAGUCACUCUGCUCACUGGGACAAUGUCGUUCCAAUGGGGACUCUUCAGCCAACGCCAUGCAUGCGAGACAUCCCAAAGAUCUCGCCAGUGGUGGUUCACCGUGUUCACACCGAGCCGCUCUCGGGAUUGAUAUUCACCCAAGAAUCGGUCAUAACAGCUUGCAAAGAAGGCCAAAUAAAGAUCUGGACACGACCAGACAGCACAGUGUCCAGCAGCUCAGAAGCUAAUCCAACCACUGGCAAACCCUCACAGACCAGCAAGGUCGGUGGUUCCAGUUAG